AUCGUUCGUCAGAUGAUAGAAUUUAUUAUUGUAUUCAUCUCGUUCGCACGCCGUUACGAGUUCACGAGUUACGACCUUUCUAAAGACGAGUUUUCACCCGUCGACUUCAAGUGUGAUUGCACGUCGACGGUGUUCUCUCGCUAAGCAGCUGUACUGUUAUUUGUGCAGUAUUAUUAUUAUUAUUAUAUCGGUGUUCGGUACGCACAAAUUACAAAAUAUGUUUACGGCAAUUCAGUUCGCGACGACGUGUUGACAUUUCGUACGGUGCCUAUGUUCGAUCAUUAUUGUGGUAACCAAUAACCACCAUUUACACCAUUAACGGUGAUAUUAUGCGUUAGGCUUGCGUUACACGAUGGCUGCUAAAAUACAACCGUUUGAUCCUCCGAGUUCUGCCAGUUCCGAUAGAUGUUAUUUUAAUGUGUGUAAUUUUUGAUGACUUGAAGUGUCUUGUUUGUUUAAUUGUAUUGUGAUAUCUAACAAAUUUUUAAAAAUAAAUUCAUCAGGAAAUACACAUGUUAAAAGAAAAUAACAAUAAUAAGUGAUUUGAAUGAAUAUCGUGAUGUAGUUGGUGACAUUUCGAUUGCUUUAGAUAAUGAUGACGAAGAAAGUGAUAGCAUAAUCUCAUCUAGUAUGUCACCAUCUAAACAGCCAACUAGUGCACCAUCAACGGUGUUGGUGAAAUCUCCUCGGUCAACUUUACGACAAAGAACGACCUCUGUCAGUCAGUCGACUAAAAAAACAGCUACAGAAUCAGUAUUACAGUCUCACACUCGCACAAUUUACACAGCUGGUCGACCACCAUGGUACAACACUGCUGGGCAGCAAGUAGAACCAUUUGUUAUUGGUGUAUGUGGUGGAAGUGCUUCUGGGAAAACAACUGUGGCUAGAAAAAUAAUAGAAUCGUUAAAUGUACCAUGGGUUGUAUUGCUUAGCAUGGAUUCAUUUUAUAAGGUGUUAACUGAAGAACAACACGAAAAAGCUGCUCAUAAUGAGUAUAACUUUGAUCACCCAGAAGCAUUUGAUUUUGAACUAUUGACUUCUACUUUGCAAAGGUUAAAGGAUGGCAAGAAAGUUGAAGUACCCAUUUAUAAUUUUGUCACACAUGCUAGGGAAACUAAAACUAAAACAAUGUAUGGUGCAAAUGUCAUAAUAUUUGAAGGAAUUAUGGCAUUUUAUAAUGCAGAUGUUUUGAAGAUGUUGGAUAUGAAGAUAUUUGUAGAUACUGAUGCUGAUAUCAGAUUAGCACGGAGACUUAAGAGAGAUAUAUCUCAACGAGGUAGAGAUCUUCAAGGUGUUUUAAAACAGUAUUGCAAUAUGGUAAAACCGUCAUUUUCACAUUAUAUUGCUCCGUCCAUGAUCCAUGCUGAUAUCAUUGUUCCUCGAGGUGGGGAUAAUACAGUUGCUAUAGAAUUAAUUGUUCGUCAUGUACAUAAACAACUACAAGCGCGAGGAUUUAAAUUACGAGAAACACUUGCAAUGUCUUAUAUUGGUCAACCUCUACCCAGUUCUAUUCAUCUAUUGCCGUCUACACCACAAACCCAAGGCUUACAUACCUUUAUACGAAACAAGGACACGCCUAAAGAUGAAUUUAUAUUUUAUUCCAAACGGCUUAUUAGACUAGUUAUCGAGUUUGCGCUAUCAUUGUUGCCAUUCAAAGAUGUUAUUGUAGAUACUCCCCAGUGUGUGCCAUAUUCUGGUAAGAGAUGUGCUAGUGACAAGAUAUGUGGUGUGUCGAUUUUGAGAGCUGGAGAAACAAUGGAACAAGCAGUUUGUGAUGUUUGCAAAGACAUACGUAUCGGGAAGAUUUUGAUUCAAACAAAUAGAUCUACUGGCGAACCAGAACUCUAUUAUUUGCGCCUACCUAAAGAUAUUAAAGACUAUAUGGUAAUUUUAAUGGAUGCUACUGUGGCUACCGGUGCAGCUGCAAUGAUGGCCAUUCGAGUACUUUUAGAUCAUGAUGUUCCUGAAGAAAAUAUUUUAUUGGUGUCAUUACUAAUGGCUGAAUCUGGGGUGCACACAAUUGCAUAUGCAUUUCCUCAAGUGCGCAUUGUCACAUCAGCUGUCGAUCCAGAAAUAAAUGAAAAAUUCCAUGUUUUACCAGGAAUUGGUAAUUUUGGUGAUAGAUAUUUUGGCACUGAACCGGAAGAGUACUUAUCCAGUUAG